AUGUCGUCGGAAACACCAACCCCACACCCUCUCUCCACCUCCCAGAUCUCAGCGCCCAGCGGCGACCAGGACGAAGAGAGCCUUACCCCGCUCGAACAAGAAGUCUUGGACGAAUAUGCGAGAUUACUAGACAACCUGAAUACUAUGUCAACCUUGCUGCUCUCCCUCUCGAAUGCGCCUAGUGCUGCGAUACUCGAUGGCUUGCGCGGGCUCGAGCGCAAAACGAGUCUGGUGUUUACCCUGCUCAAGGCGAGUGUGUAUAGUAUUGUGUUGAAUCAGCAGAUUAGUGAUGCAUCGGGGGGGAAUGGGGAGGGGAGGGAGGAUGAGGGAUGA